AUGGACAACAACUGGCAGCCAGAUGACUUCUUCUCUGGUGACAACGACUCACCGCGUGUUCCAUCAGGGGAGUCCAUCAUUGAACCCGACUCAGUGACAGGACAUGAUGGCAGGACGUAUCAUGGCUACAAGCAGGGCAAGUACUUCUUGCCAAAUGAUCCCGCAGAACAGGACCGUCUGGACAUGCAGCACGCCAAUUUGACCUUGUUGCUAGAGGGAAAGUUGGCUUGCGCCCCCGUUUACAACCCCGAAUGGAUCAUGGAUGUGGCUACUGGGACGGGUAUAUGGGCUCUGGAUUUUGCGAGACAAAAUCCGCAUUCGAAAGUCGUCGGUUCGGAUCUUAGUAAGAUCCAACCCGACCUUGAAACUUCCGUCCCCAACUGCGAGUUCAUCAAGGAAGAUGCCGAGGAAGAAUGGAUUUACGAUCACAAAUUCGACUAUGUUCACCUGCGGCUCUGCGUCAGCUGCUUUAACGACCACAGAACUGUUAUGAAGCACGCCUUCGAUAACCUCAACCCCGGAGGAUGGAUCGAGUACCAAGACAGCACCGCCGAUCCCUACCGCUACCUAGGCACCGCCGAGGGAUCCGCCUUCAAGCGCUGGGCCGACUUGUUCCUCUCGAGCGGCGCCGCGCUGGGUCGCGACAUGCUCGUGACGAACAAGUACGAAGGCUGGCUCAUCGAGACUGGGUUCGUGGACGUAGUAGAGAAGAGGCUUCCGUGGCCUUUGAGUCCAUGGCCCGACAAUCCGAGGCUGAGAGAGGUCGGCCGGUUCAACCGUACGACCUGGCCAUUCAUGGCGACACGGAAAAUAUUGGUUUCUGGUUCGGGGCUUCCGGAACAACAGGUCGAUCAAAUAAUCGCUGACGCCAAGAGGGAGUUGGCGGAUGUGAGGAACAUGUUCUUCGUGCCCUUCUGGAUUGUGUAUGGGCGGAAACCCUUCGAUUGGGAGGUGAAAAAAUUAACAGCAAAUAUAGAGCAUACUGGUGAGAACGAGUCGGGAGGGGAGAGGAUAGCGCCAGUCCCAGACAAAAGUCAAGGGAGCUGA